UCACAAUUCAGCGAGUUGAAGCUAUGAAAGCAAGAGAACGCAUGGCCAAAUCAAAUGUUGGAGAAUAUGAAGUGAAAAGGAAGUUUGCCUAAAUAGCACAUAUUUUACUAUUGUGCUUAAUUUUCACAUCUGUUAUUUAUCUAUAUUCUAAUUUUGUUUUAAAAUGGCACUUAGUAGUGGUAUUAAACUUGAUGCAUCCAAAAUGCAGUUGGUACAAAAUUUAGAGAUAGAAAUGAUGUCCGAUAUGUAUAAUCGUAUGACUGCGGCAUGCCAUCAAAAAUGCAUUGAUACGAAGUACCAUGAACCUGAACUUGCUAAAGGUGAAAGUGUCUGUUUAGAUAGAUGUGUUGCUAAAUACUUAGAUGUACAUGAAAGAAUUGGACAAAAACUUACUUCCAUGAGUGCACAAGAUGAAGAAGCUGCUAAAAAGUUAUUAGAACAGCAACAGAAGUCUGCUUAGUAACGUUAGAAUUGAUGACUUAGCAUAUGUUUUUAAAAACAUGAAAGUUUGUGAAAGUAAUAGUUAUAGAUAAUUGAAAUAUAUAUGUUUAGUAAUUUUUAUUUCUGUGUAUUGUUCAAGCAGAAUACUCAUUUAUUCUUUUUCAAAUCUUAAUGCAUUACUUAAUGUCAUUGUUUUCCAGAAACCUGAUUUUGUAGUAAUUUCAUGCUAAAUUUAUAUUAAAUAAAAUCUGGAAAAUUUGAGGACUAAAUGUCCCAUAAUGUAAAUAAAAAUGUUUAACUGAAAA